AUGCUGGAAUCCGAAAAUAAAGCACCGAGAACAGAUACCGCCAUAGACAGAAUUGAAGGUAAUAUGGAAGGAACCAAUAAGGUGGCAUUAGGCCGAUUAGGUUGGAGGUCCCGUUGUCGUGAGAUGAAGGGUGUCAAUCGGCGCCGCAAAGGCGACAAAAAUGAAAAUAACGAAGAACGCAAAAGGGAACGUAUCGCAUAUACCGAUGCUGAAGCACAUAAUCCAGAAUUUGAACAAUAUUAUAAAGAUCAAGGGAUAUGCAAGGAUAGCGAAUGGCAUGAAUUCCUAGAAUCCACAAAAAAAUCGCUACCUAUCGCAUUCAGAGUUAAUACGUGUAUCCCGUUAUGGCGACGUACAGUAACGGCCCUUGAAACCUUCGGAAAAACAUACUCACAGUUGGAACUUACAACUGCACUAGAACAUACAACGAAGUUUGUAAAGACAAAAGUACACGCGCCGUUAUACUACCAAUUGGCCACAGAUAAGGCAACGUUAAGGAAAAACGAACAGGUGGUGACGUUCCGAAAAUGGCUAAUCGAUGAAGAUAACAGGGGCACACUCGCAAGACAGGAAACUGUAAGCAUGCUACCUGUUAUAUACCUAGACCCACAACCACAUGAAAAUAUAUUGGAUAUUUGCGCGGCACCAGGAAUGAAAUUCUUACAAAUAUUGGAUGCAGUAAAUAGCACAAUACACUACAAAUAUAGACAAACACCAUGUAAUAAUACAGGAAUAAUAGUAGGAAACGAUGUAUGCCAACAAAGAGUAUCAACACUGGUACAUAACGUUAAAGCAAUCAACUGCCCAUCAGCAACGGUCACAAACUACGAUGCAGCACGGUUCCCAUAUAUGUACAAUGAGGAUGGUCAAAGGCUACUGUUCGAUAGGGUACUCGCUGAUGUCCCUUGUAGUUGCGAUGGGACCAUGCGUAAGGCACCCGAACUGUGGAAAUCAUGGAAAACAACUGGAGGACUACAUAUGCACAGACUGCAGUUGUCAAUUGUAAAACGAGCAAUGCAGCUGUUAAAACCAGGAGGAACCAUGGUGUACUCCACAUGCUCACUCAACCCCCUGGAAAAUGAAGCUAUUGCAAGCUAUGUAGCCUCAGAAGGAAGACGGUUAUACGACGUUGAACUAGUGCCCAUAGAACCGAUACCAGGGUUCAAAGUAGCACCAGGUUUAGACACAUGGAAGGUACCAAACCCUGAUGGUGGGUAUUUCAACAACUACCAAGAUGUACCUGAACAGAUGCGCAAUCGUGUGACACAAUCCAUGUUCAAAGCACCGGAAUGGAAUGAAAAUGUAGCCAAAGGUGUUAUCAGGGUACUACCACAUUAUAACGAUACUGGAGGGUUCUUCCUCUUCAAAGUACGUAAGAAGAGUGAAAACAACGAUAAAGAAUAUCAAAUGAAACAAGAAAUCAAACCUGUAGAUGUAGCACCGACAUAUCCUAAUCCGAAAUGGAUAGCACGGAAACGUGGAGAAAAGCUUUUACAUGACUAUGUACUAUAUUCAGAAGCUGAACCAAAGCUGUUCGACGAUAUAUGCCAGUUUUACGGAAUAAAACAUGAAAAUAGACAAAUGUUUAAUAGAAUGCUGGUCACAAAGAGAUACAGCCAUAACCACGCGUUCAUAACAGGGCAGCUAGACUCAGCGGCAUUGUAUCAAAAAUGCAAAGCGACAAAACUAAAUACACACGUUAGUGCCGAACAAAACUUUAUAGACAAUGAUAUUGAACAUGAUGAAGAGCUGAAACCAGAUAUGCAAGAAACACAGGAUAAUAUGGAGGAUGAGGAGGAGGUACAGGAAAAUAACGCUAUUAAAACAGGAUAUAAGAGAUGGGAACGUUGUAGGUUUGCUAUGGUAGGGAUUAGGGCGUUCGUUCGGCUGGACUCUAAGGCCACACGAGGAUCACAAUGUGUAAUGCGAGUGGCACAGGAGUCAACAAUUGCGUUGUUGGAGUUCAUGAGCCGCCGUGUCAUGUUUGCAAAUAUAGCCUUUUGUGCAGAAUUUAUCAAGGGGAAUAUGAAAUCACAAACAUUAGUGGAACAGGAACAAAUAGGUAAUAUACAUUCUUUGGACCCAUGUAGACGAGACGGGGUAUUGGAAAGUGGAGGAUGUAUUGUAAUAGUGGUCCCUGGUUGGGCCAGGAAUCGCAUACCAGCAAAAGGCAUCACUAUUACUUCAAAAGGGGCCGUUAAUGUGGACCAGAGGUCACUGGGGUCGGAUUACGAUAUAUCAUCCAUGCAAGUGCCUGUGGAUAUACUAGACACAAUGCCGGUGUCGUGUGUUAUCUCAGAUAUGGGAGAACUAUUUGCAUACGCGUCACCUUAUGUAAUGAAUGCACUGCGUAACGCAGUGGCGGAGCUAGAAUCACAGGGGUAA